AUGAGCGCCUCGGCGGCCACCGGCGUCUUCGUCCUCUCCCUCACCGCCAUCCCCGUCACGUACCUCUUCAACUGCCUGGCGGCCGGCGGCAGUUCCUGGGCAAUUGUUGCAGUUGGAUUCCUGGUUCUGGUUUUUAUUGCUCUGUUGGCUCGUGUUCUUGUCAAAAGAAAACCACCAAAAGACCCGCUGUUUUAUGUUUAUGCUGUAUUUGCCUUUACCAGUGUAGUGAAUCUAAUAAUUGGACUGGAACAGGAUGGAAUUAUUGAUGGAUUCAUGACUCAUUACUUGAGAGAGGGUGAACCAUAUCUGAACACUGCGUAUGGCCAUGUGAUCUGCUAUUGGGAUGGCUCCGUUCAUUACCUGAUGUAUCUGUUGAUGGUGGCAGCUAUUGCAUGGGAACAAAGCUAUAGAACCAUUGGCCUCUACUGGCUAGGUUCCAUUAUCAUGAGCAUCAUUGUCUUUAUGCCUGGAAACAUUGUGGGCAAAUAUGGAACAAAAGUGUGUCCUGCUUUUUUCUUAAGUGUACCAUAUAUUUGCCUUCCCAUAUGGGCUGGGUUCCGAAUUUAUAACCAACCUUCGGUGACUCACGACACUCCAGCCAAGGUGGUUCAGGAAGUCCAGAAGAAAGGACUCUUAAGACGACCAAUAGAUUUAUUGUUAGCUGCAUACCUCAUUCUAGCAACGGGGUUUUGCAUAUUUAGGGGCAUGAUUGCUCUGGAUUGCCCUGCUGAACUCUGCCGGCUAUAUAUUCAACUUCACGAGCCUUAUAUAAAAGAUCCUGCUGCCUAUCCUAAGCUUCAGAUGCUGGCAUACAUGUUCUACUCUGUGCCAUACUAUGUGAUUGCUUUGUAUGGCCUGCUGGUGCCUGGUUGUUCCUGGAUGCCUGAUUUAACCCUUAUACAUGCUGGAGGACUAGCUCAGUAACAAGAAAGCAUCAGCCUAUGCGCAUGUGUGUUGCACCCUGCCCGAGGGGACUUGCAGAGCAGCAAGAAAUUCAUGCUUUUACACUCUCCCGUUGAACACUGAGGUGUAGUUCACAGCAGUGCUCAGAAGAGAGAACCCACGGUUUUACACCUCCAGCCCAAGGGGCAGGUCCAAAAGAACCCCAACACAUCUCGGUCAAUGCUUCCUGGCAAAAAGGAACUUAGCAAGCAUUCCCUCCAGCACCCAGCCUCCCUGGCGUGGGCUCCUUCCGUGUACGCUAGAAUUCGGGAUAGCUCCGUCCCGGUACGUCCUCCCAAGAAAACAAACCCAGAGCUGUCGGGCUGUAACAGGACAUGCUGGCUCACAAACAGGUGUUUGAGCCUCCGAUGUGACUUCUAAGGUUUUUAAAGAAACUUUGAAUACAUUCAAGGUGAAUUUAAUAACCUCCUGUUAUCCAGAAAAGGCAAAGUACAGAAAAAAUAAAGAUCUCACCUGCACUUGUAUCUAUUAUGGUCAACUCAUGUUAACAGAAUGUUUUGCUUUAAUACUUGACUUACAUUAAUACCUCACAUUAUUACACGUAUGAAGCCAAAUAUGACGCUAACUUAGUUGCUUACAACCUCAAACCUUACUCCCAAUACACAUUCCAAUAAAU